UUGAUUCUGGUGAUGUGAUGUAGUGAUGUUGUUGUUGGUAUUUUCCACGUGGAUUAUGUGCCAAACAAUAACACAAACAAUGCUCAAUACAUAAAUGAUGGUAAAUUUGACCAAAUGUUGGAAAUGUAGCUCCUUUUUCAUCAUCUUUUGGCAUCUGGCAAGCUAAUAAACGGCUGUGUCACGGGAUAUGCCAGUGUUGCAUAACAACUUGUGGCAACUUUCUUGUCCUCACGUGAAUUGUAUGCAGGUCUCCAAUGAAAGCAUUUGUCAUAUGUUUUCUGGUACUGGAAAGAGCUAUUCUCUUGAUCUUAUCGUAUACUAGCGUAUUCUUGACGCCCUUUCUGUAGGUGUUAUGGAUGCCUUUGGUAACGUGUACCCGACUUUACUGGGAUGUUUUCUUAUUAUACUCAUUGGCUAUGUCUGCGGCCGAGCAAGUUUGAUAUCAGCAAGCCAAGGAAAAGGAGUUGAGCUGUACAUCACCCGUGUCGCCUUACCAGCUUUGCUGUUCAAGUCACUUGUGGAAUUAGACUUUUCUAAAGUGGACUGGAAUUUUUGGUUUGGGAUUCUCGCAGCGAAAGCCAUUUUGUUUGUGAUAGUUGCCUCGCUAACUCUUCUCGUUAGCCAACCAAUGUCAGGGAAUCUUGGAAGAGCAGGGUUGUUUGCGAUUUUCGUCACGCAAUCAAACGACCUAGCACUUGGCUUGCCCCUAUUUGAUGCCAUCUACAAAGAAACACAUCCUGAAUAUGUGCAAUACUUGUACUUGUUGAUUCCAGUGUCAGUAGCUCUCUUGAACCCAAUUGGAUUUUUAAUGCUUGAGUUUCAUAAGAAUGCAAAGGAAAAAGGCAGCAAGCCCCGCAAGUUGAAAAUAAUUUGGACAGCAGUGAAAGGUGUUAUUUCAAAUCCGCUGGUGUUUAUGGUGAUAAUGGGUAUUGUCUUCAAUUUUGUUUUGAAUGGGACAAAGUCUUUUACUGGGUUUGACAGACAGCAUUGGUUUCUUUCUCCAUUCCUCUCGGUUGUGGGAAACUCUUUUGGAGCUACAUCUUUGUUUUAUUUGGGACUCAAUUUGGUUGGCAACAUGAAAAGUUUAAAUGGAUUCACAAUUAUUGUUCCUUUCCUUCUUGUUUUCUGUAAAAGCCUCAUAUUCCCUGUGAUAGCAAGACAGGCUGUAUUCUGGCUGCACAAUAAUUCAUCUGUAAAUGAUACAAGCUUGACAAGUUUUGCAUUCAUUUAUGGGACGCUUCCAACUGCACCACCUGUUGCUGUCUAUUCCUCAAUGUAUGGAAUUCAUGUGGAUACUGUAAGUUUGAUUUUGUUUUAACUUAGCAGCAUAAGUUCUGCACUGUCUAAUGAA